ACAUAGGUGCUGUGCUCAUACAGUAACCAGCAUGAGCUGUGCACUUCGUAGUUUUUAAAGCAGAUCUGUCACCAUGUACUUGCCAUUUUACCUCACUGGGGCUGAAGCUGUAUAAAGGUAACAGUUUGGUUUUAGUUUUGAAGAUCUUGCAAAAAGAUAGUCCCUCCUCUCUUCCUGGAAAAGCCAGACAGACCAGUUGGAUACCUUUCAGGCCUCAACUCAGAACUUUAUUUGUUCAUCCCUCUGCCUUUUUAAAGUAGAAAGACCUGACACACUCUUAAGAACUGAGAACCUUAUUGAUUUAAACAAAUGGCUAAUCCCAAUGCUGUCAGCAAUGGACAUCUACAUUGUCAUCAGAAACGGAAUAAUCUCUUAAAAAGUGGAAUCUAUAAGAAAAAUGGAAUUGCUAAAGAAAUUAAGAAAAACGGCAUAUCAAAUGGAGGUCUCUACAAAAGGCCGUUUAAUGAACACUUUGAACAAGCACCAAUGUAUGUUGCUGUUUUGACUUAUGUGGGUUUUGGCGUUGGAACAAUAUUUGGCUACCUGCGAGAUUUUAUGAGAGCCUGUGGACUAGAAAGAUGUAGCCUUGCUGCAGAAAGAGAAGAACAGAAAGAUUUUGUGCCACUUUAUCAAGAUUUUGAGAACUUUUACACAAGAAACCUCUACAUGAGAAUACGAGAUAAUUGGAACCGUCCAAUCUGCAGUGUCCCAGGGCCACAGUUUGACCUGAUGGAACGUAUUACAGAUGAUUUCAACUGGACAUUUAGGUUUACUGGAAGAACUAUCAAGGAUGUAAUCAACAUGGGUUCUUAUAACUACCUCGGCUUUGCAGAAACAGAUGCUAAUGCUUUGAAAACAGUGGCAGAUGAAUUACAGAACUAUGGGACAGGAGUAUGCAGUACCAGGCAGGAAAUGGGUAACCUUGACAAACACGUAGAACUAGAGAACCUGGUGGCCCGGUUUCUUGAUGUGGAAGCGGCUAUGGUGUUUGGCAUGGGCUUUGCUACUAACUCUAUGAAUAUUCCAUUGCUGGUUGGGAAGGGUUGCCUCAUUUUAAGUGAUGAGUUGAACCACACUUCUCUUGUUCUUGGUGCAAGACUUUCCGGUGCUACCAUUAGAAUCUUCAAACACAACAACAUGCAGAGCCUAGAGAAAUUACUGAGGGAUGCAAUAGCAUAUGGGCAGCCUCGAAGUCGCAGAGCAUGGAAAAAAAUUCUCAUCCUAGUAGAGGGCAUUUACAGCAUGGAAGGUUCCAUUGUGCGCCUGCCAGAGAUAGUCGCCUUGAAGAAGAGAUACAAAGCCUAUCUCUACUUGGAUGAGGCUCACAGCAUUGGUGCUGUGGGAGCCACCGGCCGGGGAGUCGUGGAAUAUUUUGGAAUGGACCCUGAAGAUGUCGAUGUAUUGAUGGGUACAUUCACUAAAAGCUUUGGAGCAGCUGGAGGAUACAUAGCUGGCAAGAAGGAACUUGUGGAUUUUUUACGAACUCACUCCCAUAGUGCUAUUUAUGCCACAUCUAUGAGUCCACCUGUAGCAGAGCAGAUCAUUAGGUCAAUGAAAUGUGUCAUGGGACUAGACGGAACAACACAAGGGCUUCAAAGAGUGCGCCAGCUAGGAGAAAACACAAGAUACUUCAGGCGGAGACUGCACGAAAUGGGUUUCAUUGUUUAUGGAAAUGAUGAUUCCCCUGUUGUCCCCUUGCUCCUUUAUAUGCCUGGUAAAAUAGGGGCUUUUGCUAGGCGCAUGUUAGACAAAAAUAUUGGGGUGGUUGUGGUUGGAUUUCCAGCUACUCCUAUCACAGAAUCGAGGGCUCGGUUUUGUGUGUCAGCUGCACAUACACGGGAGAUGUUAGACACGGUCCUGAAUGCCCUUGAUGAAUUGGGCGAUUUUCUGCAACUGAAGUAUUCACGGCAUUCCAGGUCAUCUCAUCCUGAACUAUACGAUGAAACAGGCUUUGAACUUGAAGAUUAAGUUUCCCACCCCUGAAGAGAACAUUAUGAUGUUACAAAAAAGAGGAAAAAGCCUAAGAAAUAUGAAUGCAUUUCUUCCUUUCUAAGGGCAAUUUUUAUUUCUCAAUUAAUUGAACUGAGGGGAAGCACUGUUGUUGCAUUUUACUGUAUCCAAUUUCCAUGUGCAAGAGACUAUUGCUACAGAUCUACUCCCAUGGAAUUAUAUGCUUUUUAAGGUAUUUUUUAUGCAAGCAGACUGUCCCCCAUUAGUCAAGUUGCCACUGUGCAGCCUUGGUGCCUUUUUAUGAAGAGGCUUUGGGUAGUUCUUAAUUCUGGUUGAAAUAAUAAAUUUGAAACCUGAAUGGAUUCCAGUGUAGUAUGUUAGCUUACAUGAAUUUCAGCUGUCAGACUGGAUAAUACCUAAUGCAUCAAUGUGGAUUGCCUCCGAGGAAAUGGCAGAUAAGGAUCUUCUUACCUAAUUUCCACAUUUUGAGUUCUCAAAGGACAGCAGGUGUCAGAAGGACAUACUAGCGCAUGAGAAAACGUUCAUGCAGAAACCUACUCAUAUUAAAUAUUUCUGACAGAAACCUGUGUUCUUGGUCACUUAAUGUUGCAAACAAAACCAACCAACCAUAAAGUUGUAUCGUUCAUUGUGAAGAAAGAACAUGCAACAAGCUUCCUAGUGUGUGGACUCGGAUGUUGUGUGUGAACUGAAUCUUUUAGUUAAAGGUGGAAACUCUUUUCUGCUGCAGCAUUCAAUCUGCAGCCUUAUGCAUCUUAUUGCCACUGAAGUUACUCGGCAGGCUUGUUCCCUUUUCAUGUAGCAGUAGUAAACAAUUUUAAUAACCCUUUAACUUUCCUGUAAAAGCAUUGAUCAAAACACUCAGAUACUUGCAGUUCACAAACUGCAGCUGACAUUUAUGAGCCCAUUUCCAAGUUUCUCGAACUACUUAUGAGCUUAAUAAAUGCACUAACUAGUAAAUAAUGCUGAAGCUGCUCGUUACACAGAAUAUGAAGUCCAGGGUACCAUACACAGCUCUGCCACCUGUUAACUUGAAGGCUCUUUGAUUUCUGAAUGUACUAAGUUCCCCCAGUUGAUUUAAGUAUCACUCAUUGAAAUAUUGUGUUCUCUCUUUAUGCUAUUAUGAUGUAUUCAGGUGUUUUUAUUUAAAUGGUGUUUAUUUUUCAAAUGCUUGAUUGAAAUAAUUGAGCAUAUGGCCCACAGUCGGAAAGAGAAGUUAUGGUCAGAGUUCCAUUUCCAUUGCAUCAAACGAAUCUACAAAGAUUCUUGAGAAAACAUUAUCCUCCUCGGCUUUACUUGUCUCACAUCAGGCUGAGCAGUUUAUGAGGAGAUUUUU